AUGGCGGCGCCACAGGUGCUCCCUCAAACCUUGCUGACGCAGCAGCAGCAACAACAGCAACUACUACAACUGUUACGCAGGGACCUUAAUAGGCUUAGUGACAGCAAUAGGGUGACCCGCCUCCAAGGAGCCAGGUCCAUCCUUCGCGUGUACGAAGAGGAAGCUGCGAAAAGAGCGGCAGAAACUGACCGCGCUGCGACAAGUGGCGACAACCAGAAAAGCCUCCAAAAGGACCAUACACCUCAAGCCUGCCCCUUUUCUGGAGUGUUUUUAAGUAGCGUUUAUGCUCCAAUCUCUGUCUUGUGUGCCGAUGAGGCAUCAGAGUCUUGCCGGGCAACGGCGUUAGACCUUGUUCAGUUAGUCGUAAAGCAUUUUCUUUCAAGGCGUGAGGUAAUCCUCAUUUGCAUGGGCAGUAAAGAUACAGGCGACAACACCUACCCCUGGGGAGGAGACUGCAACAGUUGCCCCGUGGGUGCCGCCUUCUUCCGUGGCCGUGCCGGCGCUGCUGACGGUAGCUACCUCAGCAGCAGCAGCGCUGGCCACUCAGAAGCAGUAAAGUCCCUGGUAUUAGUCAUUGCAGAAAGACUUAAAGAUGCCUCUGGAGAAGUGGAAAAAAGCGAAGAACUCCGACUUAUUAAUAUGCAGCUCCUGCAGUACCUCCUGUUGCAAGCUGCAAACCGCUACUGGAACGUCUCGUUGGCUGCCUGGCUAGACCUCAACGAGCAGUCAGAUGGGCUGAAAAUGGUGCAGAUGUUGAGGCGGUUGGUACAGGAGAUGUCUCCGCGAGUCUUACUGAGACGGAAAGUGUUGCCAAACCUUCUGCAACUCUUAUUGCUUUUGAUGGGCGACGCCGACCAGGAGGUGGCCCGGGAGGCAGAAGAAGCGCUCCUUAGCCUUGCACCUCGGUGCGUGUCCCUGUCCCGGAAAAGAGAACAAAGGCGAGAGUGGAGGAGAGAAAAAGCGAGAUCGCAAUCACAGAAACUCAGCAGUGAGGAAGAUGAGCUCACAAACGACGAUACAGGCAGCAGUGACGACCUUUUAGAGGAAAAUGAAGACGACGGGCCACACAAAACGUCACGGAUUCCGUUAUCCCCUUGUGAAGCAGACGAUGAGACUUCCGAACUCUACAAGUCAACGGGCUAUUGUAGAGAGGCGCCAACUGAAUUGGCAGGGUUAUACUUGAAAGAGUUGAUGGCUGACCUGUUGCCUCGCCUAACAAGUUGGUCGGCUGACGAGAGGCUUGCUUCCUUGAGGGCUCUUGCUGCCUUAAUGCCAAUGAGCGGGUUUCGCUUGCUGCAUCAACUGCCGCAUUUACUGAUGCAGCUUUACGAAACGUGCGCUAUCGGAGAAGGACGGCCUCCGGGAAACAGGCAGGAUGAGCAGCAUCAGUGGUCUCCUCUGCUGUUGCUUGUGCAACACGCCAUACUCAGGGAGAUAAAGGGCGAAAACGAAGCGAGCAAUGACUGCAACAGCACCAACGUCAGCGAGCCGUGGCAUCGCGGAGGCUUGCAAGAAUUGGGAGCCUGCAGUUCACUGUGCAACUCCCUCGAAGCUGUUGAGCUUGCACUCCAGUGCGCGGGACAGCUGCUGCAUGCAGCUCGGGAGCUCUGCCAAGUGGAAGCUAAGAGCCUCUUUGCCGCAGCACUACUACAGCAGAUAGACACGCGAAGCCAUCAGGAUAUAGCCAGAGAGGCGGUGGCAUGCGUCUGCGAGUGCACUGGUGAAGGGCCACUCAAGCUAUAUCUUGCUUUUCUUGACGAUCUUAUUGCACGCGAACUGCAUGGUGACUUUGCUAGAGAGGAGAGUGCUAGCCCACCCUCUCCGAUGAUGCAAGCAAGACCCAGCUUGCCCAUGCUGUGGAGUAGCAAUGAUCCGCGGAGGCUGUUGCUGCUCCGGGCUCUCCAUGGAGCACAGGAAGCUGCAGAUGCCGAAGAGGUCUCAAGCGCUGCGAAUUGCCUGAGGAUGCGGGAUCUCGUAAAAGUCGCCCUUCUAUGCGUUUCGCAAAUAAUUCCAACGCUGUCACCAAGCAGCAUUCCUCCCGUACCGACACCCCACCAACAGACCGAGGAGGGGCAUGAAAAUCCAAGCAAUGGAGACGUCAAUGAAAUGGGAACAUUCGGGCAGCUGACGCCGGCAAACGAAAGGAAAGCUGAGUUUGAUGCAGUGUCAAAAGAGACAAAUGAAAACGAAGUACAAGCUAAGCCACUCAUAGCGGCACUGUCGUUGCUUUCCCCUUUGCUGGUCUCCUGUAUGGAUGAUGACUGGAACGCGGACGUGCGUUCCUUAUCUGUUGGAGUUGUUCGCCAGUUAUUCUUGGACCUCCACGGGGCCGGGGAAGAGCAUGCAGCACUGGAACAGCUUGCUGCAGCAACAGCAACUCCUCUCCAGCAACGGCUCGAUGACGCUCGUGACGACAUUCGCCUUGCUGCUGCGGUCGCCUUACAGGCAAUGCUGAAACAGCGUCCCUUGAUAAUCAACCGUUCUGCUGCCACCGAAAUUUGCAAAAGUUUGUGCAUCUGCUUGGACGACCGCAGCGAACUCCUGGCAGCCGCAGCAGAAGCUGCUCUUCUAGCUGGCCCAGAUGAUCUUUAUCUAUAUCAAGCUGCCUGA